CACUAAGUCUUUUGCGCAUAUAUAAAUGUCCGGCGACACUUCGCGACAGUUCUUUUUGCAACACCGCAUCGCGCAUUCGAAAUGAAUAGACGCAUCGGUUUGAUCUUCGUUCUUUUGCUGUGUUCGUUAAUUGAUGCGGAGUCGAAGGAUGGGAAGCUGAUCAGAAGACAGAAGAGAAUUGUUGGCGGUAUUGCAGCCGCGCCGCCUCCCGAGGACGAUCCGGUAGUUUUUAUAAAUAAAAACGGCCGAAACGCGCGCAUCAUCGGCAGCCGCGAUCCCGACAAAGGAUUUUACACUUUUCGCGGAAUUAGAUUUGGCGAACCACCAACGGGUCGAAGUCGAUUUCAGCGAGCUUCACCCGUGGAUCUCGAAGGGGACUACAAUGCCACAACUUGGGCGCCUCCUUGUCCUCAGCCGAGCCGCGACGGAAGCAACAUUAUAGGGAGCGAGGAUUGUCUGUUUCUGAAUGUCUUCACACCGUCGCUUCCGGAUUCAAACGACGGCUAUCCCGUACUCGUGUGGAUUCACGGAGGAGGUUUCAGAAGAGGUGCUGCGUGCCAAUACGAAAUGAGAAAUUUGAUUAAAAAGAAGAUGGUCGUCGUGUCUAUACAGUACAGAUUGGGAACAUUAGGAUUUUUGAGCACAGGUACGCAGGAGAUGCCGGGAAACAACGGUAUGUUCGAUAUGGUACUGGCCAUCGACUGGGUGAAGGAUUACAUACACUUCUUUGGCGGUAAUCCGAAGAAGAUAAUAGCGUUCGGUCACGGCACCGGUGCCAGUUCCGCUAUGAUGCUGUCCUUGUCAAAAUUCUGCGAAGGUAGUUUUAGCGGUUUAAUCGCCAUGUCCGGUUCGAUCCUGUCUCACUUCGCCAUCGACAACGAUCCGUCCGCGACUGCCAAGUACAUAGCGCGCAAAAACGGCUGUCCGACCGACGACGCGCGAACAAUGGUGCGCUGUCUGCGAGAAUUGCCGAUGGAAGAUCUGAUCAGAGUUGACUCGGAACUGGAGAAUAUUCGCACGACCGUUCGAGGUUUCGUCUCCGGCUUGUCCAGUUUACUCGGAGCCGGUCCCGUCAUAGAAGGUCCUGACGACGAGAGAUCGUUGCCGAAUUUUGUCACCGCAUCGCCAGAGCAGUCUCUGAAACUCGGUACCUUUCCAUCUAUACCGUUAUUGACGGGAGUCAUGAGCGACGAAACGGGAGGAGCGGUUUUUGGUCAGUACAAGAACGAAGUGCAAAGUAAAUUAAACACGAUUCCGGAUUAUCUGACCAACGACUUUGUACCGUAUUUGCAAGAAACUGUUCCGAACAUGCAAAACGGAUCGCGGUUCAAUCCUCAGGCUUUCCGCGGCUACUUCGAUAUCCUCGAAACCGAUGGCACGCGAAACACGAUCGGAAAAGUCGCCGAAGCUCUGAGCGAUUCGCUCUACAACGCUCCUGCGUUUCUAACCGUCGAUCGUUGGUCAAAGAAAGCAAACGCGUACCUGUACACUUUUGAUCACAAGGGAAAGAGAAAUUACGGCAGAGAUUUCCUCGCUGGAUUGCCAAUCGUCGACGCUAAACACUCGGACGGCAGUUUGAAUCACGGUGACGAUUUGGGAUUCAUCUUUAAUCGGAACACAAUCACCGGUGAGAAAAUGGACGACAUCGACGAGUCGAACGAAGAAGACGAACGUGUGACCGAGAUCUUCACGGAUAUAAUUGCGAAUUUUGCGAGAAGUGGCACGCUCGGUGCGAAUAUUACAAGUGUAAGUUCCAAUGACAGCGCUUUGAUAUCGAAAAUAAUGCCAAGAUUCUCGGACGACGCGGAUCCGUUCGUCAGUAUCACGACGUCUCCGAAAACUAUGAAGAAUUUCAGAUACUGCGAAAUGGGGUUGUGGACUGCCGCGUCGGAACGACUGCGAUCGCCAAUGUGCCAGUUGUACAAAGUACCUCUCCAAUUGUUAGAACAAAGUACAUCGGUGAUACAGAAACCUAUCGACGCAAUCACCGAAUUUGUCCCCGACCUCAAAUCCGGUCUCAAUAUUGCGAAAAACAAAUCGACAGGACGUAAUACCGAGGAAUCGAAUAAAGAGAGCACAACGCAGAGUAAAACGAAAGGUGGCGGACUAUUACCGAAAGUGCCGGCACCACGAAUACCAUUUAAUGUCGGCUAAGCUAUUCUCGUUUAAUUUUUUAUAAAGGUAGCGCAUUUAUUUGCAAUUGUCUCUAUGCCCGAUGUCGAGCCAGUAUUUUUCAACCACGACGAGAAACAUCUGACGGUGCUUGUCCAUUGCAAUGUUUGACGAAACAAUUGUAACAUCGUAUUUCCAAAAGGAAUCAAC